UGCUGUUCCAUGGUUUCGUCACUUUUGUACAGAAGCGCAUACGGUUCGCACCGAGACUGAGAGAAUAGUUGAUUGUCGACCGAGAACGAUCGAGUGCACGAUUCUUCUGACCAUUUAUGUAGCGUGACGAGUUAGAAUCGUUCAGUGAUCAAUCAACGAUCGUCCAAAUCGAGCCAUUCGCUGGUAACGUUUUCACGUAUUCAAAUCGUCGAAUUUCGCGAAGAAGAAUCCUUAAUCGACUCGAGAACUGUCCACGAUCGACUAUUGGACACCAUAGUAUCGUUAAAGUUAUCACACAGUGUGACUGAAGGAACCGUUACAUAGUGUAUUGAACUUGGACUUUAAGGAGGUAUUUUUACGAAAGCUUGUUACGUGGAUGUUGAUUCGCUUCUACAGCUGUUCGAACUUUUUUUCGUGAAUUCUCUGUCAAAGAACUGAAAUUAUUAUCGUGCAAUUUUCGUAAUACUCCGAGUGAAUUAUAUAUAAUACGAAAUCUCUCGUGCCGGUGCAUUUUGUUAUGGACUUUCUUCGCUAACACAAAAAAAAUUGUGCCUAUUGUUACGCCAUGAAGGAAAUUACAAUGAUAUGGACCAAAAUCACCGGUCGACGCUACUCGAACGUCACCGCGAAUCAAAAUCAGAGCGACUCCAGCGAAUCCGAGGAGAUGGCGAUGAGUCGGAGGGCAAGCGAUUUAAGAAGAAAGUCUUCGAUUGUCAUGAAUCAUUUCAUUAAUACGGCUCUCUCGGUGCAUACGCAUAAAAGGCCAAGUCGAUGGAGAAAUAUUCUCGUACCGAUGAUUUUGGGAUUCUUUGGCAUUACCAUUGGCUGUGUUCUUAUGGCGAUCGAUCCAUACGAUUUAGUUUUCCGCGCGAAGGUGAUGUUCAGCCCCGGUGGCGAAAUAUUCGAAAUAUGGCGAAGGCCGAAUAUCGAACUCUACCUGAAAGUCUAUCUCUUUAACGUGACAAACCACGAGGAAUAUUUAUCUGGCCAGGAAAGCAAGCUACGAUUCCAGGAAAUUGGACCCUACGUUUACCGGGAAUCGUUAGAGCACAAAGAUGUUCAGUUCAAUGACAAUGGUACGGUGCUGGCGUAUCUACAUCACCCGUUGCAAUAUAUACCACAUAUGAGCAAUGGAACAGAAGAAGAUAUAAUGAUAUUGCCGAACAUCGCCUUAUUGAGUAUCACAAACGUAAUGAGGAAUUCUGCCUAUCUAACCAGAUUAGCAUUAAAUCUACUAAUCGUCAACACGAAUUCGUACCCUCUUGUACGAAUGACUGCUAAAGAAUUUAUGUUUGGCUACAGAUCCACCCUUGUUACACUUGGCAAUAAGAUGAUGCCAUCGUGGAUCAAAUUUGAUAAACUAGGUCUCAUUGACAGAAUGUACGAUUUUGAGGGUGAUUACAUAAACGUUUAUACCGGCGAGAAGGAUAUACGACGGACAGGUUUGAUUGAGAAGUAUAAUGGUGAUGUAAAUUUGCCACAAUGGACAGGAAAAUGUGCAAAUGUGAAGGGGGCUAGCGAUGGAGCAAAGUAUGCAAAUUACAUCGAGCCGAACGAUACCGUAUUAUUCUUUAGAAAAAGCCUCUGUCGCAGUGCCACCAUGACACGAAUUGGAGAAAAAACAAUAAAGAGUUUGCAUACAUAUAAAUAUACAUUUGUCGAGAAUAUAAUGGAUAAUGGUGCUUACAUUCCGGAGAACAAAUGUUUCUGCCGCCAUGGAUAUUGUUUAAAACCUGGCUUAAUUGAUGUCACCGACUGUUAUUACGGAUUUCCAAUUGCUCUCUCGUAUCCACACUUCUACAAGGCCGAUCCAAGCAUCCUAGAAUCUAUCGAAGGGUUAACUCCAAACCGUGAUGCUCACGAAUCUUUCGUAUAUAUUCAACCACAGUCAGGUCUUCCGGUAGAGUUUGCUUUCCGUUUUCAAAUCAACAUGGCUUUGCAAAAUAUUGGACAUAUGGCCAGAGUGGAAAAAUUCGAAAACUUCGUCUUACCAUUACUGUGGUUCGAAAUCGGAAUGUCCAAAUUGCCAACAUCGAUGCUUGUUCGUUUCUGGUUCUACUUAAAUUUCUUACCGGUUUUUCAAAGUAUAAUGAUUUAUUCUUCGUUGCUCAUUGGCCCUAUACUCAUAGCUCUCGGUGUUCGCAAAAUCUUCGUAUAUCCGAAGGAAUCAAUGUUGACUACCCAAUGGCUCGGCUCUCAAAUGAAAAACAAAAAAUUACAAUUUUUUAACAGUAGACGAAUGUCGUGUAAGAUCGACGAAAUGGACACUUAUUACAGUUCGUUAAUUGAAUCGAAAGAAGAAAACAAAGAAUCCGAACCAACAGCGGACUUACCAACUUUGAAAGAAGAUAUCGUGUGACCAUCAGCAUCCGGGAAAACUAUAGAAAGAGGCUAUUUCCCGCGCAAAAUUGAUGUUCGAAACCAAUGGGACGCAUACAGAUUGUUUUCAAUCUCGAGAUACUGCGGUCGAUCCAAACGAAAUAUCGAAUUCCACAUCGAUAUGUAAGAAAAUAUAUUUAUCUUCGAUAUUUUUUAAACUGGUUAUAGUAUCGUAAAAUUGAAAUUUUAUUUAUCUAUUAAUGCACUGUGAUCUUAGAAUGAAAAUAUAGUUGCAUAGUGUAUAAAAUAUAAAAUAAUUGAUAACCUUUUUCAAAUGAAAUCGCAAUGUGGUAAAUAGUGACAUCUUGUUAAACGAUUGUAAUUUUACUGAUUAAACGACACAAUACAAACGGUGCUAAUUCAGAAAUUAUUAGUUUCUACUUUUACGUAUAAUUAACAUCUUUUGUUAUUGGAAAAUUUUUUAUGGGUGCAGAAAUUUUUAUUAUUAAUAUUUUGGUGAUGGUAUUUUAUAUUUAUAAUAAAUUUCUCAAAGACCGGUGCACUUAUAGAUAAAGAAGCGCAAGAGGAUACAAUAAUUUGCACAAGGGGUUUUCUAAUUUUAUAUAAAUAAUUAAGUGCAUUAAGACUGAUAUUAUAGACUGGUAUAGUGAUUAAGUGAUUUAUAAUACAUAUAAAUAUUAAAACAAAAACAUGACGUAGUUGGUACUUCAUUAACAUAACCAAUCAUGUUAUCAUAUGUAAUAUAAUAUACAAAAAAUAUCAAGUUUGAAUAGCAUCGUUUGUAAUUAAAACUGAAAUGGAUUUAGGAAACGGUAAAGGGGAUUGUGGAUUAUUUGAUUUUGUAUAUCUAAAACAUAUUUAUUGAUAUCAUAGUAAUAGAAUUUUAUUAUUAAUUACAUAUACUAGGUAAAUAUAUACUGCUCUUUUGUUAAGAGCUGUUAAAAGUAUUAUAUUAUGUUAAUCUUAAAAAGUGUUAAAAUAUACAUAUUAUCAUCAUA